AUGCCCGCCAAGCGAAAAGUUUCCAGUCCUGGCGCUACAGCUUACCCCCAUACCAAACGAUACUGUACAUAUCACGAGGAAGGAGAGGAAGACGGCAUGUCGCAGACUGUGACGCCGUAUGAGCGGCCUCGCAACCAUCCGGUGUACGGUCAAAAGAGCGCUUUCCCCGGACUCGACAGCGUGAAUGAUGAUGAGCUAUUCUAUGGACCCGCAGAGGAUGGGCUGGAGUAUCUUCGCAUGGUCAGAUCGGAAGCAAACUCCUUACCUAUUCUAUUUACUGCACCGCAGCCGACAGCACCAGAGACCGAGACAGCCCGGCCGCCGGAUGACAGCGCCGUUGGCGACCUCAACCCACGAGAAGAAAAAGGUGUACCUCCCGUGCGCGAGGGAGUGUAUGUGGAUGGAGUCUAUGUCGCGCCACAAAAUGCGACCAUCUCGACCACGGACGUCCUCGAAGCCACAUAUUCCGACGCGCAAGCCAGCUACUACAAUCUCCUCCACCAUCGGUUUCUUCUUCUUCGAUCGAUUCUGAAAUGUACCCCACCCCCCGAGGCGAUCACCGCCCUGGAUGAUUUACACCCGAUCAGUUUCCCGCGACACUCGAAAACAGCGCGCAAGGAAUGGCGGCACCUGCUUCUCGCAGUGGAUCCAUCGACCGUUCAGCUGGCCUGCAUGGACAUGGAUAGUGUUCUGGGCGUACUGGGGAUCAUGGCGCGACUCAUAUCCGAGAAUGUCCGGAGCGGCAGCGCCGAACGGGUUCGACGGAUGGGAGCCUGGGCCUGGGGUCUACUGGGCAAAUGCCGGGAUGUUGGACAGCUGGGGACAGAGGAGGUGGGGGAAAUCCGGGAUCUGGGAAAACGGGCCGCCAAGAUUCUGUGCAAAAUGAAGGAGGAGGAGCUCUCGAAGAACCAGGCUGCUGCUCAGGAUGGUGAAACGUCGGACGAUGAGUCGGACUUUGGCAAUGGCCCCGUGGAGGGUGAUGAUGGAGUCCCCAAAAGGGAUCUGGACAUGCCAGAUGCAGAGAACAACUCUGCCGAGGGAGACGAGCUAGAGCAGGCGAAAGCCAGACUACAAGCGAAGCUACAAGGAGGCGAAGAUCAGGCUCCAUUACCAGCUGACGAACCCCCAGUGGAGGCAGCAACAACAGAGUGUGAGCUUGUGGACGUGGCUACGCAGACCAAAGCCAUGCUGGACAUGAUCAUUACUGUGGUUGGACAGUAUUACGGCCAGCGAGACCUACUCCAGGCUCGCGAGUUAUGGGAACCUCGAAAUUUCAUCCCAACGACGAGCAUCUCUCCGACCUCCCCCCCAUACACCGUCUACCACAUCACCCUCCGGCUCCCACUCCGCUCCUUCACCGUCGCAAAACGAUACUCCGACUUUGCCGCCUUCCACGCAAACCUCGUCAAGCAAACGAACGCCGCCCCACCCGUCCCCCUACCCUCCAAGUCCUGGUUCUCCAACACCGUCUCCAACGCCUCGCUCCGCGAAGACCGCCGCCAGGGUCUCGAAGCAUAUCUCCGCGCGAUCAACGAAGCGGACGACUCGCGCUGGCGCAACUGCCCCGCCUGGCGUGCCUUUCUCAACCUCCCCAGUGCCGCAACCGCCAGCUCCAACGGCAAUGGAUCCACGACCUCCGCCCGUCUCCACGCGGCCAUCACCGAGCCCGGCAACCCAGCCGGCUCGCACGCCCCCAUCACCGACCCUACGCUGUGGCUCGACUGCUACCGCGACAUGAAAUCGCACCUGCACGAUGCGCGGCUCCAUCUCACGCGCCGAGACCAGGAAACCACCCCGCAGAAGCAGCAUGAAAGCUCCGCGAAGGCGAAAAGUAGUCUCGUGCGGGCGGGGAGCUUGAUCACUGCUCUGGAGGAGGGCCUGAAGCAUAUUGGAGAGGCUAGCAGUGGUCGGACGCAAAGCCCCAGCGCCGCAGGACGGAAUGGGGAUGCGCGUCGUGGCGCUUGGGCUAUGAAUGGAGGGAGCUCGUUGGGCGAGGGCGAGUUGCGUCGGCGAAAGGAUCUUGUGAUCAAUGCCCGGAAGGAGAGGGAUGGACUGGAGGACUUGCUGAAUGCCAUGGCGGCGAAGAGCCAAGUGGAUAAGGCGGUGGCUUCAAUCCAGGAUAAGGAAGCCCUGAUCGGUGGUGCCGGUAGGAAACCUGCGCGGGGGAGGGUGCUCGGGAAGGAAACGGAGAGGACACGCGAGUUGGAUAACCAGGGCGUACUGCAGCUGCAGCGGCAGACGAUGGAGGAACAGGACCAGAGUGUGGGGGAGCUGAUGAAGAUUGUCAACCGGCAGAAGGAGCUGGGAAUUGCGAUUAAUGCGGAAUUGGAGAUCCAGAACGAACUGCUGAAGCUGACCGAUGAGGAUGCGGACAGGUAUGGAUUCUUUCCAGUUGUUCACAUGGACUUAUACUAA